GGGGAAGACAGGCUGCAUCAGCACUUUGGGGAGCAGUGGGGGAGGGCUUCUCGUGGGAGACCCCACUGAUCCACUGUCACCUGAUGUGGUGCCCUGAAUGUACCAAGCAGAGGGUGAGGCACAUCCCAGUGAGUGGGACGUGCUGAGUAGCAAGGAAGGGGCGUAAUCUGCAUCUGGGUUUCUGUCCUGCACACACACACCCUACUCCCUCCAGUGCUUUUAUCCAAAGGGUUGUAUGGGGAUUACUGAGCUAUUUGCAUGCUCCUUGUAGCACACCACCACCACCCCAUAGAUCCUGUAGGACACCAUGCAGUGCCCCUCACACCCCAUACACACAACCCAUAACAGCCCACAUGUCCUCUGGUGUCCCACGUCCUUGGGCUCUGUAAUACACCCCUGCACUGUACAGCACCUCAGACUAACCAGUGCCCCACAUCUCUGCUCACACAGCCCAGGCGAGUGGUGGCAGCAGGGGGGAGCCCUGCAGUGCACUAGCUCUGGAUCUUGCCCCACCUCAAGGUGAUGACCUCCCUAAACUCUGCCCAGACCUGUCCCCCAGCACUUUGAAAGAUGUCCCCAGGCCACCGGGAUGCACCGGGAUGCUCUUCCUUCUCCGGGGACCAUCCCCAUCCUUCCCUCCAUCUUCUGCUUUCCCAGAGAGCUCCCAGAGGGUCUCCCCCUCCCUGCUACGAGCAUCCAGGGCGACGCAAGCUGAGGGUCGCCUCCCCAGCGCCUGUUGCCGGCCCAGGGCCACUAACGUUCUUGAGCUGAAGCCAGCUCCAACCGCUGCUAGGCUGCACCCUCUGCUGGGUCCCGCAGGCAUCGGCGCGGCCCUUCACCGAACUUCGGAGCAGGGGAGGAAAAGCUGCCCGGGGUGCCGUCGAGCAGUGAGGGGGUCAUGAAGAGAACCCACGAGUCCUGCCCCCAGCCCGUCCUGGGUGUCACCCUCCAGUCCUCGCUUCUUGCUGAUGCCAGGCGUCCUAACACCACCCCCAGCUGCCCACACUGCAUUUUCCACCUCUGGCAAUGUUGGGGUCUCUUGGGGUGCUGACCUCAUCCUCGGGAUCCCAUGAACAGCUGAGGUUUUCACGGGAAGGUUUGGGGUGCUCUGGGCCAGCCCUUGCCCAGAGGCCAGCAUGGCACCUGUCCAGCUGAAGGUGGGGAGUGCCUGGCCUCACCACAGACUGUGCAGGGAUGCUUCAAGAAACACUGCUGCCAAGAUACCCAGGAUUUCACAGCUCAGUAGGGUACUCCUUUUCCACCCUGUGUUGGCCUUAUCCAGCCCAGGUCCUGGUAGGAGGCACUGGGGAUAUCUGCAUGUCAAGAUGCAGUUCCAGUUAGGGAACUGGCCCUGCUGACCAGGUGAAGGACACAGCUCUGUCCCAAAGGUGGUCCCCUUCUGCUGUGCAUGGUGUCCCCUGCCUCAGUGGGAGGUGAACAGGGAGCCCAGGAAGCCCUUUGUCAAGCCAGGGAACAUGCCCAGGGCAUUACAAGUGAGGAUCAUGUAACUGGGGUCCAGCAGUGUCCAGUCUAGAGUCAACAGGAACCCCUGCAGGGCAUUGCAGAGGAUGGAUGGACCUAGUUGUGCCUGUUCCAGCACCUCCUUCACUCCUCUCACUCACCUUAACCUUCUCCCAAACCACACGCAGCCCUACCCAUGCAAACUGAAUCCCUCCCUUGCCAGCUUGGCACAUGCAAGGCAGAGCCUGGCCGGAGGAGGGACCCAUGGUGGCAGAGCCGCAGGCAGAGGGGCAGAAGCAUCCCCAGUGUGAGCCCUGUGUCCCAGCGUAAGGACAUCAUUGCCCCUCAGCUCCCUACUGGCAAAUCCCUGCUUCGCCCUGGCACCUCCUUCCCACCAACCUCAACCCUGGCAAAGGCUGCGGGUGCCCUGGGAAAGGCUGGGUCCCUAAUCCCUGGGCCAAGCGGGGACAUUGUCCGGGGGCAGAAAGGAAAGCAGCGCGUCAGGCCCUUUGCCCAUUGUGCCCUGAGCCCCUGCGCAAACACAGCCCAGCACUUUCAUUGUCAGCCCCGCUGGGCGCGGGGGGGCCGCUCUCGCCACACUGCCUAAGUGGAAUGGACAGCCGGAGUCUGGGGUGGGUGCGCACCCCGUCCCCCCCCAUCCCCUGCCUGCUGACACAGCGCCCUGAUCGCCUGCACCAUCGGCACUUCGGCGCCCGCCUAUAAAGGGCGAGGGGAAUAGCCGGCGCCGGCACCGCCACCUUCGCCUCUGUGCCCUGCCCUGCCGACCAACAGCCGAGCGACACGUAUGACCAGCAGUGAAGCCAUGGACACGCUGGGGCAGUACAAGAUCACAGUGUGGGAGGAGGAGAGCUUCCAGGGCAAGCGCUGCGAAUUCCUCAUGGAGUGCCCCAGCAUCAUGGAGCGUGGCUUCCGCAAGAUCCGCUCCAUCAAGGUGGAGUCUGGCCCCUGGGUAGGCUUCGAGUACCCUGAGUACCAGGGGCAGCAGUUUAUCCUGGAGAAGGGUGACUAUCCCCGGUGGGAGGCCUGGAGUGGGAACAGUGGCUACCGGACCGAGCACCUCCUCUCCUUCCGGCCCAUCAAAUGCGCAAACCACAAUGACAGCAAAGCCAUCCUCUACGAGGCUGAGAACUUCCAGGGGCACAAGUUUGAGCUGAGCGACGACUACCCCUCGCUGCAAGCCAUGGGCUGGGGCAACAAGGAGGUGGCAUCCAUCAAAGUGAACUCCGGAGCGUGGGUGGCAUACCAGUACCCGGGAUACAGGGGCUACCAGUACGUGCUGGAGCGGGACAGACAGAACGGCGAGUUCAAGAAGUACAAUGAAUACAGCAGCCAGGCCCACACCAACCAGAUCCAAUCCAUCCGCCGCGUCCAGCACUGAACAGGGGCAGGGCUGAAUGCCCUGCAGCCUCCAGGCUGCUGUGCAAUAGACCUCUAUCCGGUAGCAAAUAAAGGCAUUUGUCAAAAAAAAAA